GCAAGCGCGACCAUCCGUCUGAAUAACAUGGCGUCCUCUGCAUAACAGCGGUGUACCUUCGCGUGGAAGCGCGCCACAGAGGGGGAAUUUCCCAGCGGUGUGUCUCUCGGCGACCCGGUCGCGUUCUUGAUGCAACCACGAUGAUUGAGCUGAGACGCGUCGAGGGGCCGAUCGCAGUGGUGUUUGCAGGAGUUGUCCUCUGUGCCUGCCUUGUUCAAGCCAUCGACUACGAGGAAACUGUUGUUUGGCAGCCGGACCCCCAGCACAAGUAUGUCGCGCUGCGGGAGGUCAAGCCACGAGUUCAGAGUCGAGCCGACGAGUCCCUAAGCCCUGAACUUAAGGAGGAGUCAGAGCAAAACGAGACAGCAUCGGCAGGUGGAAGGGCUCCCCCUUCGGACUCUCAGAAAGCGGAACCUCCUGCUAACGGGCCGGCAGCUGCUGGCGGUGCGGCGCCCGCGGCCGGAGCCCCGCUCGUGCCUCCGAAGGCGCCCAUCCCGGAGUUCUCGUUCGGCGUCUGGAACGCCACCGAUGGCACGGUCUGCAUACUGGCCAAGUUCCAGGUCUUCUUCACCAUCACCUACGCUGGCAGAGGAGGACUUCAGACGGUAACCCUGAAAAUGCCCGAAAGCGCCAAAGCCAAAGGAAUCUGCGCCACGGAGGACCAGGAGCCGGUUCUAGAACUCACGUGGCCAGUGUUCCGGUUCAUCCUAAUGUUCUCCAGAACUCCUCCGGUGAACGACAAAGGCAGGGGAUCAUGGAAGGUCAGCGGUAUGGAGAUUCAGUUCAACACAAACUCUCCUUUCUUCCCGGGUGCCACGAACGCCGGCAAGCGGACAGCCCGGAGUCCAGAGAAUAUGACACUUUUCGAGACACCGAUGGGCGAGUCGUACUUUUGUCCAACGCCUAAGCUGGUCACGCUGACGGACUCACGCGGAGGACGCAAAGUGGCCGUGCAGUUCAAGGACCUGCGCAUCCAGGCGUACGAGUUCCAGGGAACCUAUGGUCCAGCGCACCGAUGCAGCCAGGUGCGCAUGGCCGGCGUCCAGGACCCGUUCCCGCAGGACGAGACGGUGCCCAUCGCCGUCGGCUCCACGCUCGCCGUGGCUGCAGUCGCCGUGGUCGUCGGGUACGCCCUCUACCGAUCAGUCUUCGUGCGGCGGGUGGACUACAAUACCAUGAACUGAACGACGACGACUACUAUACAGCGCGCCUCUGUAGUACACGUGCGCUGCAGAGCUACUUACGUUGACACCACUAUGGCCGCCAUUCCUGGGUACCAAAAGCAGGCUCGGUAGCCGCACCUAGGCCCGCUAAGACGCGAGCGUAACGGCGUUUGAGUGGUGACCACUAGUGGCGCCUACGUCACCGGCAGAUGUACGAUAACGAGUGCAGCACGCCGCUCAGCCGCGCCCGGUGCGCGAGUGGCGCGGCUCAGCGCCUGCGAAAGUUGUCAGGUGGUGCAGGCGGUAGCUAUAACAGUUCAUCAUUAGCGGCGUACUAAGACUCCCUAACAGUAUAACGCUUCAACACAUCGUGAUCACGACGUCCUUUGUGCGUUUGCAGUAUACGCUACUGCAACACAGAACUCCUGGCCACGUGCGCAUGCGUUGGAGCGGGUGCGCAGAUGAAACCUUGAGGCACUAAUUGCCGCUACGCUAAAUCUUUAUCAGCUCUUCGGGCUGGUCGAUCAGCGACGACAAGCACGUAUGCGAGCACGCGCAGCUGUCCGGAAGCGUGCAAUGUGAUCUCCAAGCGACAUCGCGCUGUUUUGUAACGCUCUGCACAUGCCGUUUUGAACGCUGCACGAAACUGCAAAGAAAGCGCUCGCAUAUUCUUGUGGAGAUGAAAUAGUAAGAGCCGGCACAUAUGGGAAAACUGGCUGCACUGUCUGUAAUGACAUUCCUAGAUGCAUUCAGGGGGAAAAAAAAGGUCGGGAGCUAUAAGAUCGAACUUUACGAUUCACGCGAUUUACCUUCAUGCAGGAGCAUAUUAAGACAGCUAAAGAGCCGGUUCAAGCUUCACACACACGCACACAAAGCCAUAUGACGACAUGCAAACUGGCAAAGAAGGUCUAUGUAAUCCAUGUCUUGCCUUAGCGUCAUAUUUUACUUAACUUGAUCUGAAAACUGCAUUCAUAUUGUAUGUAUCGCUGUUAGGCAUUCUUUCGCUACAAGUGACUGCUACUUCGAGCUAGAAGCAUAAUUAAAAAACAGAUUAUUUAAAUUGUGAAAAAUGUGGACAGUGUUUGGAAGCCUUGCACACGACUUCGGGCAAAUGCAAUUUACCGUGUUAACAGAAAUGCCUCCGCAGUUUCCGCAAUGUACCAAAUACAAGCAAAGACGAAAUGAAACAACUUAAAUACACUAAUGAAAAUUGCAAGCACUACAUUUUGGAAACGCUGGGUUUCUCUGGUCUCUUCAGAUGUAUUACAAUCGUGGCAGGCCUUUCCCCUAACUUCCCUGCAGCCCUGGGACAGCUCAAGGCCAGAAAGUCAUCCUGCAAUAUUGCGCUGUGUUGCACCCUAUUGCUGUCACAUGAGUGAUCUAUAGUAGGACAUAAAAAAAAAAAAUCUAGCCCCUUUCAGAAAAUCAAAACUGCAAUGAUAUUACUCACAGGACCGGUCAGAGUACUGGUGUUUGUAGCGAAACACUAUUUGUUAAGGGUGAGUUAAAGGGUAAAGAUGAGAUUGUACAGUGCUGUCACAAAAUAUGUACAUGUAAACACAGCUGAAACAUCGAGAAAGCAAAGGAAGAAGAUUCAGUGUGUGUGUGCGUGUGUGUGGCAAGGAAAACAUGGUCUUCACGCUUGAAGGAAAUGAUCAGAUCGUAACACAUGAACCUGCAGCUGCCAACUAUAUUGCUCCAACAAAACGAUAUGUCGAGGCACAGGUUUGCCCAGGAAAAAAGCAAAAGCUCUGCUUACAGCCAUGCAUGCUUAGCUGUAAGUACAUCAAGCGAGAUCGGUACUUUUCCUUAAAGCUAAUGAAAGCUUCAGUAACAUACACACACACUAAUUGGAAGACGCUUAAGCUUUGCCUUUAAGAGUGGAAUGCGAUAGCAUUCAAUGAUCCCCGAGCGCUUCUCACGCUUCCCGGCAACUGCAGCUUAUGUAAUCGUUAUGUUUACCGGGAAACUAGGGUGUCUACCAAGUUGACAUUUCCACUUUCCCCGAGUUUUUCAGGUUUUCCCUGAGUGCCUUUCCAAAAUUCCCUGAGCAACACAGAACAUUGUCUUAUGUCAAGAUGGGCUGAAACAAUGUUGCCCGAUGCUGUCACUAGUAAGUACGUUAAAAAAUAAAAAAACAACGACUUAAUUCAAUUUGAUUAGUAAGGAGUACUGUUCACCUUAUUCAAGAGGAAAGGAGGAGGGAGGGGUCAGUAAAAUACGCAGCAAACCAAUUAUCUUCAAAAAAAUAAAUAAAUGGUGAAUCCCAUUGCAAAUAGAGCCAAAGAUAUUCAAAUACGAAUAAAAAGAAAUGCUUACAGAGCAUACAGAAGCAAAUAUUUUCGAAUAUGAGCUCUCUUUAUCAACUAAUAGCAAGCUGAUUGGUUAUGAGGCCCAAACUUUGUCACAAGUAACAUUCUCUCUCAGCAGCUGGAAAGUCAACCUCAACUGUCCUGACAUACUCUAAGCCCGCACACAACGUCUCAGUGUUGCAUUUCACUGCUUUAAAUAGUUUGGUUUGGAUGAGGGACAACUGCAUCCCGGCGUCAGCCAAAACAUUUUUUGAGCUCAAACUCCUUCAAAAAAGCGGCGGCACACUUCCUUUCCUGUUAAUUCCCCAAUGCGUCAGUUCUUUCUGUUCUCGUCCUCCUUCCGCUGCGCGUUUACCCCAUGGAAAAUUUGAAGCACCCUCUUGGUCAGUUGUGCAGUCAACAUCCGAUUUCUCGGGCUCUCUAUGGGUCGCGAAAACGUCCAAAAAAUCGAGCAGUUCGAAAAAAAAUGAAUCCAUGUCUUUUACUGCCCUUAAGGUCUCAAAUAGCCACAGGCACAUCCGCAAAGCUUUGAAGGCACUCGGUGCUCGUACUGGGAUAGGAGAUGGCGGGUGCACGCAUGUAUAGUUAAGGAAUACAGCUGAAACUUGAUUUAACGAAGUGAUACCACCCUCUAAUUAUUUCGUUAAAUCGGGAAGCUUGUAAAAUCAAGAAAAUAAUUUUUCGGUCCUUCGAAGUCUAAAAUUGCAACGUAGUGACACGCAAAAGUUACCACGUCAUCGCAUUUGCCGCUAAUCCAGCAACCUGUUGCAUAAACAACGAAAUAACGAGAGCAAGCACCUCCGCCCGUACCCAGGCGGUGUCGAGUACGCAGUUCCGUGCAUGUACGCAGCGUGCAGCCUCGUCGAGACAAAGUUAGGGCCACGACUAGGGUGCCUGGAUGUUUUACCGCGGUAUCUUUAGAGCGCACGCUCGAAGAAAAACGCGUCUGCGUAAAAAUUAGAAAGAGAUCGGAGCUUUCUUUUAUUCAUUUAUUUUAGGAAAAGCUUUGUUAAAUCUAGUUCGGCCAAAUUAGUUCCGUUAAUUCGGGUUGACGGCAACACUGAACCUUAUGGGCACCUGCCAGAGAAUGGAAAUUUCUUCGUUAGAUCGGAAACCUUGUAAAAUCGGGUUUCGUUAGAUCGAGUUAUAACUGUCCAUACUAAGGUCCAGUGACAAUUGCCCCUUCCCAUACUUGUUAAGCUUCAUCGCAAUAUUUAGCCUAUGCUUCACCGCGCAACAUCGCUGAAUUGAGGCGAAGCCUACUUUCGAAAACCAGCCUAAUUCAAAGUGUCGUGCUUCACGAGGUCCGAAACCAAUAGCGAAGAUUCAUCAUCACCAGCCUGGCUACGCCCACUGCAGGGCAAAGGCCUCUCCCAUAGUUCUCCACUACCUCGGUAAUGUGCUAAUUGUAACCAUGUUGUCCCUGCAAACUUCUUAAUCUCAUCCGCCCACCUAACUUUCUGCCGCCCCCUGCUACGCUUCCCUUGGAAGACAGUCCAUAACCAUUAAUCGCCAACGGUUACCUUCUCUCCUUAUUACAUGCCCUGCCCAUUUCUUUUUCUUGAUUUCAACUAGAUGUCAUUAACUUGAGUAUGUUCCCUCACCCAAUCUGCUCUCUUCUUAUCCACCCAUCAUUCUUACCCUUUUCGUAAGCCUCCAGAUUUCUGCCCCGUAGGUGAGUAAUGGUAAGACACAGGUGUUACACAGUUCUAUAGCGAAGAUUACAAAGGCUGAAUCCGCGCCAUUGCUGACAGCAGAAAAUUGCUAACAGCAGCGAACGUCGAAGUAGCUAGGCCUAGCGUUGCUGCAGCAGUGGCUACGGCUGCCAACGGAUCUACGUGCGAGAGGGCCGGUUCGAGGCGGCCAGAUAGUCAACGUGGCGGCGGUGGUGGCUUUGCUUAAAGCCGUUUUGCACCUGCGGUCAAGGCAAACAGACGGGAAAAUCGGGCGACGAACGGUUCUUGCGUCCAAAACUUCAUACGCGCUUCAGCAGCGACUCAAUGGGGCACAUAGUAAAUCGGGCGUCCGGAAAAUCGGUUGCCGACUGUACACUGGCGACUCCUUCAGCCGACGACACGUCGUCAAAGACGAUUCGUUACGAUAAUUUUCUGUUACUCGAGCCAGCAUUAGUGCGACUUUAGCUCCAUUUCAAUAACAUUACAGCUAAUUUUCCCUGACAGAAGCAUAAAUUUCCAGACUAUUCAAAAUCCCUGAGAACUGCCGGUUUUCCCGGUUGGUACACACCCUGGAACGCUGGCCGCGCACGCUAUGCACAAAGACAAGCUUUGUGGUCCCCCCCCCCCCCCUUUUUCUUUAUGGUGUGCAAGGAACCAAGGGGUCCGUGCCGCUCCUCCUGAAACAGCAGCUGGAAAACACUAUUGCGUUAAAAGGUGUUUGAGUUUGAGUUUCCGCGUAAGAUAAUUAUGUUACAAUCCGACGCUAUCAUGUCUGUAGGUUGUGUGUAAGUUGUUCUACGUAUUUUACCAUGAGAAAUUCAAUUAAGUAACUUCCUUGUGCUGCAUGGAGGGCCCGCGUGGUUGGGUAUGCGUGGUUAGCAAUUCUUUUUACCGAAGCGACGUCCGACGCUGGACGCAGACACCGGAUUUUCUGCGACACGGGGCCCUUGACGGUAUCGCGUUAAAACAUGUGGUUAUACUCUCCUUCCCUACUUCCAGCUAUUAAAGCUUGGCCUCUAGACAGCGACUGUGAUGAGGGCUUCCAGAUAAAGUGUGUUCAGCCUCCUUUACGGCGCAUGUUUUACUUUGACAAGACAGCAGAGUCAUAUUCAUCAUAAACACCCUGCACAUAAGGUCUUCCAUUCAGGACGGGUCAGAGCUAGAAUACAUCCCUACAUUCAGACUGCAAAGCUUUGCAUCAGGUUUAUGGUACUGAAAAAAGCACAAAUCAAAUUUUCUCUUUAUUUGUAUAUCGGUAAAGUAGAAUGUUGUGUGAAAUAUUUUGUCACGAAAUAAGCCUUUGUUCUGGUUUCUAUGGGAUGUUAACAGUAGUGCCUCAAAUAAUAUACAACAGAAAAUAUAGCAAUCAGUGUAUCAUGAGCUCAGCGUGUACUUACAGCCUACAGUCAGCAGCAAAUUAAUGUCUGCAACAAACCUUUCACUUAUAGGCAGUUUAUGGCGAAGAGAGUAAAGCUUUAUGACCUCCUAUCACAUAUUGAGCAAUCUCCAGAGGCAUUCAGUCUGUAACAAAUGAGUAAAUGUCAGUGUGCUUGUUGCAGCUCUUGCGCAUUAAGACACUGUUCACCCUGGAAUUUGCCUGCAACAAAACUGGGAUUUAAGACGACACUUUAGCUUAGGUCCACCCCGAAUUUUCUUACCAAUUCAAAUACAUGUGAAAUGCAAGAAAAUGCUUUCAUUAGGUAAUCUCUUAUCAGGUUCAAAUAAAAUCUGCCACAUUUAAAUGGGGCAGUUAAAUUCUAGUGACCGCAGGAGCUUAUUUUAUUCAUUUAACCCAUCCAGUGUCAAGAGAUGUUUCAAUUUUGUAAACUCCACCUAGAGCAUCUCAGUGAACAAACGGUAUGCCAGUUGCUCACAUAAAACAAUAUUAUUUUAAUUCAGGGCUUCGCUACAAGGCACAAAAAUGAAUAUAAUAUAGAUCACAUAAAGCUAGGCAGCCCCAUGUGAUACAGGUACUACAAGAAUGUAGAAUGUUUUUGUGGAGUCGUCUCACGACAGAAGUUUUGCAAAGGUUGCAUGCACAAAUUAUUUAUACAUUUCAGAGCUAUGCGCAAAGUUUAAUUUUGACCGCUCUAGGCAUUCUAACAAACACAUUUACGUAAAUGUGGCUUCCAUGCUCUUAAGUAACCGGAAAAGUUGAAAACUUCAUCCUUCAUUUUCUGAAAUUUUCAGACUUUUGGCAAUGUUCACAAAAAGUUUAAUAGUAAAAAAACAACCUGCUGCCAACAGUCGCUAAAUGUUAGCUUCUGCCAUAAAAUUAAACAAACUGAGUUUAAAGGGACACUAAAGGGAAACAAUAAAUCAGUUUAGAGUAAUGGAGCAUUGUUUGAGAACCCUGCAGGCAGUCAUUUCAAAAAAAUAGUUUGAUUAUUAGAUGAGAAAAUGAAGGUCCAAGUAUCAGUAUUUGAAUUUCGCGCCGAAACCCCAGCCCCGGUACGUCAGCGUGACGUCAGGGAUUCCAAAGUAUGUUUUCGCAUUUGGGCGGCGUUGGCUGAAUAAAGGUUCCCGAAACUUGCCAUGUUUAAUAUUUGAUUCCUUUAGAACACAAUGUAGUCAAUCUGUACCUCUAUAUAUAAUUAGUAGGCCCUAGAAGAUGCCAUCAAAAUCCAUGACGUCACAGCCCCCAGGUGCGGGAACUCAAGUAGGUGUCGCCACCCGUAUUUCGUUCUUGCGCUUUUUCUGGCUCACCAAACGUCUUAUCGUUGUAAGAGUGGUGUUUUUGGUGUUGUAGAACGGUAAUUUACUGAUGCAGAAGAAAUCAUUUUUCACUUUAGUGUCCCUUUAAAAUAUCAGUCCAGUGGUGAAGACAAAGGGGCAUCUCUGUGUUUCCCAAUCACUUGAAGAUGGAAGCGCCAAGUAAAGAUUCCUCCUAUUCCUACCACCAGUGAAAAACCAAUCAAUGUCGGUCUAAGCUGGCAAAGUGUAAAGAGGGCAGCGGCCUUUGCACUUCUGCAACACGGUGUCUGUUGCAGCUCAGGCACGCUUACCGAAAUGCUGCAACUUGAUUGUGCAGCUGUUAACACUAUACACGCCACAUAGUAGCAUGGAAACUUCUCAAUCCUGCAGAAAUGCUAGCUCCACAUGAAAUGAACAAAUGUCUGUGUGUGCCUGGCGAGUUUUCAUAACCCCUUAAAGCAUGCAGCAAUUGUACUGAAUGAAAACCAUGCACUCAUGUUAUUGCAUUUCGUUUGUUGACAAGUGCACAGAUUACAGCAAAAGAGCAAAGGCCAGUUGGCCAAUGUCGACUGCUACUUUUCUGCGGUAGAGUGUCAAUCAGCGAAAAAAGUUUACAGGGCACAGAAUUUGAAGAAAAUGAAAUUGAACUUCUGCAAAACCUGGGCACUUAGCGUCGACUUCAAAUGUUCAAUGUGUAGUAGUUUCUGCAACCUGCACUGAUCUAUUGAAUUAGAAGCACCAUGCCUUAACAGACCACAAAUUCACAUUUGUCAUGAGACCCGUGUCCUGUAAGCUUUCGUUGCUAACAAUAGGUACACAAGUACAUCAGUGUAGAAUACAAAAAUUUGCUGUCAAUGUCCUUUAAAAUAUUUUGCGACAAUUUCAGGGGUGGUCUUAACUGAUGGGUAUGUACAGCAGGGAUGGAUUUUGGUUGUGACCUUUGUUGUGUAUUUGAAAGUUCACAAACCUUUUACUCCAUCAAAUUGCAAGAUUUCUAUAUAAGAAUGAACAUUUAUGUCUUAGUCCUACAUGAGUUUAUAAAAAGGAAUAAAGGAUGAAAAUUUGCACACAGCUGUUUUGUCAGUAGUGCCAUGGUGGCCACAAGCAGAGCAAAUGUAGUUGAGUAGAAUAUGUUGUUGGGUGAGUUGGUUUAAGUCUAGGGGGGUACAUAUUACUUCGACAUGGAAAUAGAUUUUGUAGGAAGGAUUAAGAAAGAAAGUGCUUGCUCUGUUCUUUCCUACUGCCUCCUACAAAGUCUUUAUUUCCAUGUCGUGCUCACAUGUACCUCCUAGAGCAAAUAUGUUCGUUUCUCAGGUUGGGAAUGAACAAUGUCCACAUCAGGUGAAUAAAAUAAAGAAGAAAUGGAAUAAAAGUUGCCACCAGUGUAUAGUUACAAAUGUUGCUGCUUGCACAAAUGUUUACGAAGG